UCUCUCUCUGCAUUAAACUAAAAUUCAUUCAAGUGAAGAAAAAGAAAGCUGGUCAUUUACGCCCAAAAAUGGGGAGAUGAAUUUUAGUAUAAUUAAUGAAGGGCUACAAAUCGAAAAGACGGAUUGGUUCUGAAGUGGUUAUGGAUGUCUACGUUACCAAGAAAAAGAGAGGGAUCAAAAAGUUCACACAAAGGUCUGAAAAGGUACAGGAGAAAAGAGAAGAAAAUAAGGUUGAGAGCGUCACGUGCGUGUCACAUGGGUCGAUAUCGGUGAUCGGACGCCGGAGAGCGAUGGAAGACGCCGUGAAGGUGUCGGUCGGAGAGAUACAAGGGUAUGACUUUUUCGCUGUGUAUGAUGGGCACGGUGGGGCCCAAGUGGCUAACGCUUGCCGUGAUAGGAUGCACCAGUUGGUGGUGAAAGAGGUGGAGGAGAGGACGCGUGGAGGGAAGGGACCGGAAUGGGAGAAGGUGAUGGCAGCUUGUUUUGCGAAGAUGGACGAGGAGGUGAGCGGAGAAGAUUAUCAGGGUGGGGCGGGGGAUGUGGACAUGAAAACGAUGGGGUCCACGGCGGUGGUGGUGUUGGUAGGGAGGGAUGUGGUGGUGGUGGCCAACUGUGGUGACUCAAGAGCUGUUCUGUGUCGUGGCGGCACCGCGGUGGCUUUGUCUAGUGAUCAUAAGCCUGACAGACCUGAUGAAAGGGAAAGAGUGGAAACAGCUGGGGGAACGGUCAUAAACUGGAAUGGAAGUCGUGUCCUGGGAGUUCUUGCCACUUCAAGAUCGAUAGGAGAUCAACAUUUGAAGCCAUAUGUAAUCUCCAAACCAGAGGUCUCUGUUACUGAGCGAACUAAGUCUGACAACUUUCUCGUAUUAGCAAGUGAUGGAUUGUGGGAUGUUGUUUCCAGUGAAAUUGCAUGCGAAGUAGUCAAAAGACAUCUUGACGGACAAAUAAAGAUGAGAUUUUCAGAUGAUCCCCAAGGAUGCACUGGCGACCGUGCAGCAGAGGCGGCAGCAAUGCUGGCUGAGUUAGCAGUUGCUCGAGGGAGCACCGACAACAUUAGUGUCAUUGUAGUUGAGUUGAAAAGGUAAAAGCUGCUGCAUCUUCUGAGCUUGUUUCUUAGGUCUUUCUUUUCUUUCCUCUUUUUUUUUUUUUUCAGAUGAGGUGUUAAGUCUUUUCUUUUCAUUUUGCUUUGAAGUUGUAUCCCUAAGAGCUUGAGAGGUUAAUGUAAAGUACGUUCUUCAAUAGCAUAUUGAAAAUUAUAGUGAUGCAUUCUGUUUAACGGAACAAUAACAUGUCAUUGAAGAUUCAUUAUUAUAAAUUAUAAUGCUUCAAUGAUAUUUCAUAGAAAAAAAAA